AACUCCCAAACUAGGAGGUUCUUUGACACGUUAAUAAAGUUUCUAUCUAUCUAUCUAUCUAAUCAGUUUUAUUUAGCUGGAAAUUAUCGAAUUUGAAUGUGUUUUAAGAGUAGGAAACUCUACAUCUUCCGGAUGUUUUAGGAUUUCCGGGGUUUCUUGCUUGAGGGCUCGUCUGCUGAAACAACAACUGAAGCAACACCGUGGGGACUGGUAACUAGCCUUCUGAUUUUGCUCAAAAUGGAGGGUCCUCCGAACGGACCUGGAUUUCCCUAAACAUGAGAUUUAACCAAAAGGAACUCGCUUUUAUUGCUACACGGACAGACAUUGCCUUUGACAAGGAAGGUAUUUUGUGGUUGAAGGAGAAAGAAGGUCAUUUCUGGCAAAGGAAUGAAGUUUAUACAGAAAGAUGGUUUCGUCUCAGAGGAAAUCUGCUCUUUUACUUCAAGACAAAAGAAAAGACUUCUGACCCUGUUGGUGCUAUCGUGCUUGAGCGGUGCAGAGUAUUAAAGGAUACAGUAACUCAGAAGAAACAUGGAUUCACCAUUGUAUUUGAUGAAGGUGACACUCAAAGUUAUCACCUCAGUGGAAAAUCAACAAAAGACACCGAGGAAUGGAUGGAAAAGAUUAAAAAUGCUAGUUAUGAAAGUCUAAGGAACAAGCUUCUAAGCUUGAGAAAACAGCUGAUGGAGAUUACCGGAAAGGAUCCACUUCCAGAGUUCCAUCCCUUAGCCCAACAAGAGCCCCUCAAACCUGGCAUUGGUCAGUAUUCAUCUACAAGCACAGCAGAUGCUGAUGAAACUCCGUUCUUGGAAAUGUGUAUUGCUUGUCAUCAGCUGAUUAGUUCAGAGGAAGGACAACUGCCAAAUGCCUUUGUUGAAAUUAGAACAAUGACCCCACCAUCGACUUCUUGGAGUAAACAUGCUCAGACUGAAAUAAUUGAGCAAAGCUGCGACCCAUAUUUUCUGACCACUGUGGUGUUCCCAGAAGGAACAAUGAAUGAGAUGACUCGUUUGAAAUUAGCAGUGUUUGAUGUCAGGGACAGAGAAAAAGAAGAGAUGUCGUUGUUGGGACAAGCGAUGUGUACCAUGGGAGACAUUUUAACAUCAGUGGAUCAAAAGUUGCUCUUAACUUUGACUCCCCUUGAUUCACCUGAUGCUUGUGGAACUGUCACGGUACUUGGAUGGAAGGUGGAUAGCCGUAAAUCACCGAGACGAUUCUCUCAAAUUGAGAAAGAAAGCGAAAUGGGAACAAGGAAGAACAGUGGAAGGAAAAUGUAUAUCGCCGAGGAGCAGCAGAAGAUCCUUGAACUUCACCACCUGGGAGACUUGAAUCCAAGUUGGGAGAAUGCUCGACAAGAGAUCCUUGACAACCAUUUCAAGCUCAUCUGCGCUUACAAAGGCAAUCUUCAAGAACUUGUUCCUUUACAAGGUACAUGUUUCAAGCCUGCGAGACUCAGAAAUGAUAAGAAACUGGCUUUUAUUCCAAUUAAUCUGCACAUUCAGCGAACGAAGGUUAUGCAGGACACUGAGGGAGCAGGAACGUUGUAUGAUAUGGUCACCGUUGGUGCCCCAGCUGCUCAUACGCUAAAGUUUGGCCAGGGAGGACUAAGGCGACUGUACAUGACGCUCAGGAAGGCACAACAGAGUGGUGGGGAGAGUGAAAACAAAGCUCCGGUGGUGAAACAGCUCAGAGUUAAUUUGGAAAAAUUUAAAUCCCAAUUGAGCCAACAUUGUGAAAGUGUCAAGAAGGCCAUCAGAUCGAGAGAUGUGACAAAUCUGAUGGAUACCAUGUCGCGUCUUUCAGACAAGGCAACACAGUUAUUAAAAUUUCGUGAAGCACCUCUGGUCGUAGAUUCUUUGGCGUCGCUGGAGAAAGCUGUGCCUUCUCCUAAAGAGGAGGAUUCGCCGACAGACGGAGAUAAUUUCUGGAAUGUCCAGAUAUUUACCAAACCAAGUGCUAAGUGCCAGGAACUGUCGACUCUCGUCGAUCAGAGCCUCGUCAUGAUGCAGAGUCACAUGGAGAGUAUGAUUCAGAAUGCUCAACCACCUGAAGGAAAGUCCUGGGAGGAAGUGAUUUUGUCUGAAGUGCAUGAUUUUUCUAGAGCAGUGGACGGUCUAGUCAAGGAGAUAUAUUUGGGAAUGAUUUUCCUUCAGUUACAGGAAGAAGCAAAGCACGCCUCUUUACUGUACGAAAUACGAAGAAGGCAGGAUAUUGUUUUCUCUCAUGCAGUCACAGCUUUGGUGGCUGGGUUUGUAUCUAAACUUCACACAUCAUUCUCCAACGCUGUGUUUCUGAAGCAACUUGUACAGAUUGGGUUUCUGGCACAUUUUGAGAGCCUUCUUACUACAAAUGGAGAUGAAAUGGGAAUGCUUGAAGACAUGUGUGUGAGCAUAGGUAACCUAACGUGCGUCAAAUUUAAGUUCAAAUUGUGUGAAAGAGAAGAUGAAAUCCCAACCUUAAGUGGUAAUAGAUCUUACAUUCAAGUAAACGUGUCACUUCCGCCUAUGCACUUUCGGAGACUUCCACGUGACUUACAGGAAGGUCGGCUGGUCAAGGUUAUUCCAGUGCUCUUUACACAAGGCAUCAAUGAACACGCUACACUGGCCGAAAGAUUUGGAGAUACCAGUCUACAGGAAAAGAUCAAUGGUGAUAACUAUAGCAUCCUAAACUUUUAUCUAGAACAGUUCAAAGACAAGUUUCCCGACGCAAUCUCCUCCAGAAGGGAAGGUGAUCAAAGUGUGGAGCAAUUAAUGAAGUCCUUGAAAUCAAACAUCGAAAGCAGAAGAGGGAAGAAUGUGGACAUUCUUCUCAUCAGCGAAGCGAUUUGUUGGAGGUUAAACGGGUGCCGUUUCAUGAGUUGUAAAAGCGCCAAAGACCGAACAGGAAUGGGAAUCACUUUGGAGCAGUGCAUGAUCCUCAAACGGGAGCACAACAUGGACUCACAGUUUUUUCAGCAAGCCUUAGACGCUAUGAGAAGUGAGGGGACAAGGCGAGAGAAUACCCACAAAAACACUGGAAUACGAAGAUAUGCUUUCAACUCGUGGCAAGUCAUGGCUUUACCCAAACUCUACCGACCUCCUGACGGUACAUACGGAAAAAAUGUACAGACUUGAUAUACACUUCAGUGGAAAGCAAGUCAUGAAAAAGACUCUAUACCAUAAUCAAUGCGGGAUUCAUUUCACGCAAUUUCCUUAAGUUAAAAUGUCACGCGUUCUUUUCGAACGUUUUGUAAACUUGUCACGCAAUGCUCUCCUUAAAUGGCGCGAAAGUAUGAUGCAGGAUGUCAUGAAAACCUUUCCAGCCAUUCAAAUGAGCAUGCUUCGAUUGUUCUGUCUUUUCACAGAAACAUUUUUUUAACUCUUAGGAAAAGAAAACUUACAAAUAUUCCCCUCCCCCCUUGAUACUUUUGUAGAUUUGCCUGGUCUUACCGCGGAUAAGAAUCGGAAAUUCUUUGUGUAUCUCUAACAAUUAUUCACCGACACUAUGGUGAAUAGCUGUUUUAGCAUAAACUUAGCAUAGACCUCAAAGAAACCAAAAUGGAAAUUUAACUCUUGACGCCCGAUCUUGUCUUUUCGAAAGGAAUAGUACUUACUAAUCAGUUCCAAACAAGCUAAUCAGUGUGCGCGAAAAGCACCAUUUACUUGUGUGGUAUACACGUACUUUGAUUAGCGUCGGCGAGAGGUUAGAAGUAAAGAAAAAGGGUGUAUUAAGAAUUAAAUUAUUUAAGAUUCAAGGUCAUCUGGAGUAGACACAGAGAUAAUAGGUUUUUUCUAAAUUGCUAAAAUGUACAUAUAUAUUUUUUUAAUUCUUUUCCAAAAUAUAUUUUAGGGCGAAUGUUUGAAAAAUUUUUGAGAAUCUGAAAAUUCAUUACUCUGAGUUUGUAUUCCAGUAAUGUUUGGAGAGCGGUCGAAAAUAAAGAUUACAUUUUCUGAAAAUAAUUGUAUAUUUUGAAAUGAAAACUAUAUUCAAUUUGAAUGCACAGGAAUUUAAGAGGUUAAGGAAGACUUAGAAUGAUGGUGAUGAACUAUUUUCAGGCUACUAUUGUUGAAUUAUGAAUAAAAAGAAGUUAUUUCA